AUACUUUUUUACCUACCUACUUUUUUUCAUGGAAAUGUAAUAUUGCAAAACUUUAUUAAUUUCUCUGGUCACAAGCGUACAAAGUGCAUAAUCCACAUGUAUUUUUACUUAUUAUAAGAAUGUAUCAGUGGUAGUGAUUACUGUGUUGUAAAUUAAAAUUUUCAAGUAGUGCUUGUGUUUUUACAAGUUGUAAGCAGGUAAAACUUCACAAUGAGUGCUGCCGGCGACGAAUUUAUUAAUUUAAAAAACAAAAAGGGGUCUUUCUUGAACACGCCGCGGGCUUACUCGGGCUUACCUACAGACGAAUACAAUGAGAAAGGCGACGAAAAGCCCUGGCAACGGGUGUUGUACGAAAUCACAAGAAAGGGAAUUCAUUUGUAUGAACCCGUGAAAUCAGUACCCAGUAUUCUAAUAAUCGUACUAUUAGGACUGUACCUGCUGCUCGGUUUCCUGACGCAACUCAUUGAGGAUGACAUGCCAAGGGUGGUGCAAGAAGUCAGCAUCGGCAGAGAUGAUUGGCAGACGUUCAGCGAAGAAUCAGCGCAGCGUUACCUGACCCAAAUCCUCGGAGGCCAGCCGCGCGUGGCCGGGACCGAGUUCCACCUGCAGAAGACCAGGGAUCUCUUGGAUCUGCUGAAUGGUGUGGCGGCGCAGGCGCGACUGACUGUGAAGACUGACUGGCAGUUGGUCACUGGCGACUACUUCCUAAACUUCAGCGUGCCUUUCGUGAACUACUACCAAAACGUGUCCAACAUCGUCGCGCUACUCGAAGGCGAAACCGGGUUCCACAGCAACGGCACCCUGGGCCCGGCCCUGCUGCUCAACUGCCACUACGACUCGGUGCCUUUUGCUCAAGGGGCGUCAGACAACGGUGUGUUUUGCGCGGUAAUGGUGGAAGUGCUAAGCAGACUGUCCCGGAGAUCCACGAAGUUCAAACACAAUAUUUUGUUCUUAUUCAAUGGAGCUGAAGAAAACCCGUUGCAGGGCAGUCAUGCGUUCUUACACCACCCGUGGUCGAAGGCAGUGACGGCCGUGGUCAACCUGGACGCGGCUGGAAUGAAUGGGAAGCCCUCGGUCUUUCAGGUGACGGACCCGCGUAUCCUUCGGGCCUACGAGCGAGGAACACCGCGUCCGUCUGCUCAAGCGGUAGGCGAGUUCUUAUUUACAUCGGGAAUCAUCCCGUCCGACACCGACUUCCGGAUAUGGCGGGACUUUGGGGACAUACAGGGCAUAGACAUAGCGUUCUCGAAGGGGGGCCACGUGUACCACACGCGCAACGACCGGCCCGAGCUCAUCCUGCCUGGAGUCAUACAGAAUGCAGGGAAUAUGUUACUGCAUUUAGUGGCUGAGGCAGCUGAUAUGGACUUGCAGGACAAGGCUGUAGCCACCCAAAUGGUGUACUUCGACUUCUACAACCUGUUCAUGGUGUCGAUAUCGCGGGUGGCCUCACACAUUCUGGACGCUUUCGUGGCGUUAUUGGCUUUGCUCUCGGUGGCUUACUACAUAUGGCUCGUCGGAUGCCGGUGGUCCACGGUCCAAGAAUUAUUAUGGGCGGCUGCAGGACGUACAUGCUGCCUCGUGGGAGGCGUGGUCAUAGUGGCUGUGCUCGUCCCUAUCAUGGUAGCCACCACGGUGCAGAUGAGGUAAUACCUACUAAUAUUUAAUGUGAAAGUUUGCGAGAGUGGAUGGAUGUUUCGACCUCUGCAUAAACUCCCAUGAGUGCUCAGAGCGGGUGCCUCCGCGAGAGCUCUUUGGCGCGCUGUCUUCGGCGAAGUAUUGCGCGCGCAUUUAAAAGAUAUUUUUUCCUUUCAGAGCGGCCUAAACCGGUCCAUCCGUGCGCUCCAAGCGAUGGCGGCCACACGUUUCAUCCUCGCGAUAAUCCUCAUUAUCAUGGCGUGCAUACCAGCUGCCACGAGCGUGCGCUACGUGAUAUCCGUGCCUCUGUUCAUGACCACAAUGGCUUCAUUCGUGUCUAUGACGUGCGUCAGAUACGUGCGGCUACAAGGCUGGCAACACCUCCUCCUGGAAUUCGUGCUGUCCGUCCCAGCGGUGAUGUUCAUGUUCGUGCUCAGCCUCCGAUUGGAUUCGACCCUAUUACCCAUCAUGGGCCGCUCGGCCGGGAACAGCCCGGAUUACACCGUCGCCGUGGUCAAUGUGGGCAUGGCGGUCAUCACGUGCGUUACUGUUUCCGGAGUGGAACUCCUGUUCUCCCGCAAGCGUGUCUGGAUGCCGCUGACCGCAGUGCUGUUAGCAUCAAUUGUCUGCAUGUUCCUGCCACUAAGCCCCUACCACGAAAACGGAGUCGCCGUGCAGAGGCACUACUGGCUGCACUCAGAACUCGUCACAUACGACGAGCAGAAGCAAGCGACGUCUCGCACAUCGGGCGUGUUCGUGACCAAAAUGGAUCCCUACACCACACAGCGGGUGUUGCCUGCCUUCUCAUCAGCUGGCAUACAGCUCAACAGCCGGACUAACUUCGAAGCGGACUGCCAGAGUAGAUUGUACUGUGGGCUGCCGCUGUAUAGGGUCGCUAUGGGACAGGCUAUCUCGCAAGGCCUGUUCAUGUAUACGGGCGCGCCCGCAGCGUUUUCGCCCGCGCCCGACGCGGCUCUCGCCAACAAGACGUGCGCCGGGGAACUGUGCACGUAUAACUUUGUGCUCACAGUGGCACCCCAUAACGUGAUAAUCCUGUGGCCUCGCGCGAACAUAUCUAUAUCGAGCUGGUCGUUUUCGUCUCCCGUGGAGCCCGCCUUCAUACAAGAUGGCCGCCCUGUAUACAUAGUUAUGCACUCGGUGGCGACGUAUAGCCAGACGUUCGCGAUGUUCGAAUUUACUCUGGUAUUGAAUGUGCCCACAUCCCUUCAGUCAGGCCCAGCGCUGGACUUCUGCGACCAAGCCCACCUCAUCCAACACCCUCAGGCCUUCACGGCCGAAUACAGGCGUCUAUUGGAAGCGGCCCCCAAGUAUUUCAACGUGGCCAGUGUGCUCACUAUUAGAAGCGAUUACGUAUUUUAAAUUGGACCAUAUUUGACUAUACAGGGUGUUUGGUAAAUGGGUAUAUGAGCCGACACUAGCCCAUGCUAACAUGGGCAU